UUUGCACCCAGAUUUAGUAAUAACAUCAUUAGCACUUUCCAGAAUUUAUAUCGUUGCCCUGGGGAUGACAAGAGUAAAAUAGUGAGAGUAUUAAACUUAUGGCAGAAGAAUAAUGUAUUUAAAAGUGAGAUUAUUCAACCUCUUUUGGAUAUGGCAGCGGGGAUUCCUCCUCCAGUUGUCACACCUGUUUUAGCCAGUACUACUACUGCUAUGAGCAAUACUCCAGGAACACCUGUGACACCUGAUCCAGCCAAUUGUGGUCCAAGCCUGCCUGAUCCGUGGGUAUCACAGAUAACAAAUACAGAUACACUUGCAGCUGUCGCUCAGAUCUUACAAAGUCCUCAAGGCCAACAACUCCAGCAGUUAAUAACAGACUUACAGAUACAGCAGCAGAAGCCUCAGCCUUCCAUCCUGCAGGCCUUGGAUGCGGGUCUUGUGGUUCAGUUGCAGGCUCUCACAGCACAGCUUACAGCUGCAGCUGCUGCAGCCAACACACUUACUCCCUUAGAACAGGGGGUAUCUUUUAAAAAGAAGUUGAUGGAUAGGUUUGAUUUUGGGGACGAUUCUGAGCAUAGUGAAGAACCCAAAAAGGAAUUCCAACUCUCAACUGUAAGAUUACAUUUUCUUAUAACCAUGAUUUCUUUUUCUGUUAUAUUUCCACCUGUUUUCCUUUUUAGUUCUCAUGUUUCAGAAUCUGUGAACAAUUCCAUUUUUCAUCAGAUAGCAGAACAGCUACAACAGCAAAACCUUGAGCAUCUCAGACAGCAGCUCCUGGAACAGCAACAGCCUCAAAAGGCAACGCCUCAGGAUAGUCAAGAAGGAACAUUUGGGUCAGAGCAUUCAGCGUCACCAUCACAAGGAAGCAGCCAGCAGCACUUUCUCGAACCUGAAGCAAAUUUGGAUGAUUCCAUAGAUAUUCAGCAACAGGACAUGGAUAUAGAUGAAGGGCAUGAUGCAGUGGAAGGGGAGAUCUUUGAACAAGAAGCUAAGAAAGUGGCUGUUCGCUCAAGAUCAAGAACUCAUUCCCGAUCUCGUUCAAGAUCACCAAGAAAACGAAGGUCCAGGUCACGAUCUGGUUCUCGAAAGCGUAAGCACAGAAAGCGAUCACGUUCCCGCUCGAGAGAAAGGAAGAGGAAAUCAUCACGUUCAUACUCAAGUGAAAGGAGAGCCAGAGAAAGGGAAAAAGAACGACAGAAAAAGGGAUUGCCACCAAUUAGAUCUAAAACAUUAAGUGUGUGUAGCACUACACUCUGGGUUGGUCAGGUGGACAAGAAGGCAACACAGCAAGAUUUAACCAACCUUUUUGAGGAGUUUGGACAAAUUGAAUCUAUUAAUAUGAUUCCUCCCAGGGGCUGUGCUUAUGUCUGUAUGGUUCAUCGGCAAGAUGCAUUUCGGGCUCUUCAGAAACUGAGUUCAGGAUCCUAUAAAAUUGGUUCAAAGGUUAUUAAGAUUGCUUGGGCUUUAAACAAAGGUGUAAAAACGGAAUACAAGCAAUUCUGGGACGUGGAUCUUGGAGUUACAUAUAUACCAUGGGAAAAAGUUAAAGUGGAUGACUUGGAUGGUUUUGCAGAAGGAGGCAUGAUUGACCAGGAAACUGUAGAUGCUGAAUGGGAAACUGUGAAAAGUUCAGAACCUAUCAAAGAGACAGUCCAGACAACACAGAGUCCAACUCCAGUUGAAAAGGAGACAGUGGUCACAACCCAGGCAGAGGUUUUCCCUCCACCUGUUGCCAUGUUGCAGAUUCCAGUAGCACCAGCGGUGCCUACAGUUAGUUUAGUCCCGCCAGCAUUUCCUGUGUCGAUGCCAGUUCCUCCCCCUGGAUUCAGUCCAAUCCCUCCACCUCCUUUUCUGCGAGCAAGUUUUAACCCUUCACAGCCACCUCCUGGUUUCAUGCCGCCUCCAGUUCCCCCACCUGUUGUACCACCCCCUGCAAUUCCACCAGUGGUACCAACAUCUCUAGUGCAACCACCAUUGUCCAUGACUCCAGAAACUGUGAAAGAUGUUGGAUUUGGGAGCCUUGUUUUACCAGGCGGUUCUGUUGCCAGCAGUCUUGCUACUUCCACUCUACCAGCUGGAAAUGUUUUUAAUCCUCCAACUAAACAAGCAGAACCUGAAGAAAAAGUACCUCAUCUUAUAGAACACCAGAUUUCUUCAGGUGAAAACACCAGAUCAGUGAUUCCAAAUGAUAUUCCAAGUAACGCUGCAAUUUUAGGAGGACAGCCGCCUAAUGUUACAAGCAAUUCUGUAAUUCUGGGAGUCCAAAGACCAAAUGUAUCAAGUAAUUCUGAAAUUCUUGGGGUUCGGCCAGUUAAUGUUUCAAGUAGUUCUGGGAUUAUUGCAGCCCAACCACCAAAUAUUCUGAAUCACUCUGGAAUUUUGGGAAUACAACCACCAAGUGUUUCCAGUAGUUCUGGACUUUUGGGAGUACUACCCCCAAACAUGCCUAAUAAUUCUGGACUUGUAGGAGUACAGCCACCAAAUGUUACAAAUGCUUCUGGACUUUUGGGAACACAGCCACCAGCUGGACCUCAAAACUUACCCCCUUUAAAUAUCCCUAAUCAAAGGAUGCCUGCAUUGCCAAUGUUAGAUAUUCGUCCAGGACUGAUACCACAGGCACCUGGACCAAGAUUCCCUUUAAUACAGCCUGGAAUUCCACCCCAACGGGGAAUCCCUCCCCCAUCGGUACUUGAUUCACCUCUUCAUCCACCACCCCGUGGACCGUUUCCUCCAGCAGAUAUUUUCAGUCAUCCAGAAAGACCAUUUCUAGCUCCUGGAAGACAAAGUGUAGACAAUGUUACCAACCCAGACAAAAGGAUACCACUUGGAAAUGAUAACAUCCAACAGGAGGGAGAUAGAGAUUACCGGUUUCCUCCUAUAGAAACCAGGGAGGGCAUUAGCAGACCUCCCCCAGUGGAUGUUAGGGAUGUGGUUGGACGGCCUAUAGAUCCAAGAGAAGGUCCUGGGAGGCCUCCACUAGAUGGUAGGGAUCAUUUUGGAAGACCUCCUGUAGAUAUGAGAGAGAAUCUUGUGAGGCCAGGUAUUGAUCAUCAUCUUGGUCGAAGAGACCACUUCGGCUUUACUCCAGAGAAGCCCUGGGGGCAUAGAGGUGAUUUUGAUGAGAGAGAACAUCGGGUUCUACCUGUCUAUGGUGGUCCAAAAGGCUUACAUGAAGAAAGAGGUAGAUUUCGAGCUGGAAACUAUCGAUUUGAUCCUAGAAGUGGUCCGUGGAACAGAGGAUUUGGACAAGAAGUUCACAGAGAUUUUGAUGACCGAAGAAGACCCUGGGAGAGGCAGAGGGAUAGGGACGACAGAGAUUUUGAUUUCUGCAGAGAAAUAAAUGGAAAUCGUCUUGGACGUGAAAGAAUUCAAAACACUUGGGUCCCUCCUCCCCAUACUCGGGUUUUUGAUUAUUUUGAAGGGGCCACUUCUCAAAGAAAAGGUGAUAAUGUGCCUCAGGUUAAUGGUGAAAAUACAGAGAGACAUGCUCAGCCACCGCCUUUGCCAGUGCAGAAUGAUCCUGAACUCUAUGAAAAACUGACAUCUUCAAGUGAGAUAAGCAAGGAGAAGACUGACACAGUUGCUGAUAUAGAAAGUGAACCAGUGGUGGUAGAAAGCACAGAAACUGAGGGGACAUAAUCAUCGCUCAGUAGGUAAAAGAUACCUUUUGUAAAGUUGUCAUCUCUCUGUAAUAGAUUAAUGGCUGACUGGACCAUAGUUGUUCACUUUUGUCUGCCAGAAUUAAGUUAAUCUGAUGUUCAUGUUCACCUUUCUCUUAAAAUAAUUGUACAACUGACUUGUAUAGACAUUGUUCUUAAUAUGAACAUGGUAGGUAAACAUUUUUUUAUUUUUCUGAUAAAAUAUAAAUGUUGCCCCCAGAUUCUUUUACGUCAAGGAAAUGAAUAACAGCUUGUCAGAGACUUCCUAUGGAAGAAAGAAUUUUUUAGAUAACUAUCAUUAGGUUGGAUAUGGUAAUAGAUAUAUUUCAAAUUAGCAAGUGGUGGUAUAUCUUAUCCAUAUCUCUAGGCUGCUGCAGAAUUUUAAGGUAAUAGACAAAGCUGUGAUAUUUUAUGCAAAGACUGGCUCUAGCUACUUGAGGAGCAUAAGACAGAGAUUUUAAAAAGUGAUUUUGUAAAAUCUACACUAUGGUCUCUGUUACUCCAAAGUAAGUGUGUGUGAUUUGUUCCUCAUACUGCAGUGAGUAAAAAAGAAAAAAGCAAACAACAUAAAUAUUAAAGUACGUUUCAAUGUUGGGUGAAUUUUGUUUUUAGAUGCCAAUAAAACUUACUUGUUUGAUAA